ACCCCAAGUAAGGCGCCGACUGGGCCAGAGUUUGCGCAGCUACGGUGGGAGCCUGGCAGGUGACCAGCAGCGGUGCAGCAGCCUCUGCAGGGCCUGGGACUGGAGGCAGCUAUGGGAUCCUGCCCAAAAGAGCAGUACUGGAAUCCCUUGCUGCAUCGCUGCAUCUCCUGCAAGCUGAAUUGCGAUCAUCAGAACCUGAGCACCUGUGUGGCCUUCUGCAAGUCUCUCAAGUGUCCCAAGGAGCCAGGCAAGUACUACUAUGACCAUCUCCUGAGAAAGUGUGUCAGCUGUGUCUCGACCUGUGGACAGCACCCUAAGCAAUGCACAUAUUUCUGUGAGAACAAGCUGAGAAGCCAAACAAACCUCCCCCCAGAGCUCAGGAGACAGCAGACAGGAGAGAUGGAUACCAAAGCAGAUAACUCAGGAAGGUACCAGGGAUCGGAGCAUGGAGUCUUGGAGGCAGGCACAGGUAAGUCACCCAAGGUGAGCUUGAUCUCAGGGCUUGGGCACCAUCCCUUGGCUUUUUGGCUCAAGAGUUUGCCCAAUCCUGCUCUGCACAGAUUCCUGCACUUGAAGUUCACCAGGCAACUUGUGCACAGUGAAGCCUGA